CUCUCUGUUUCUGUCGUUCAAUUUGAUUGUAUUCGUAUUCGUUCGUGGAAUGGGUGUUCUCUGUCUGUUUCUUGUAUUGAUUGUGAAAAUGGUGGUCUGCUCAGUGUUUUUCAGUCCUCCUGCAAUUAUGUUUUGGGAGAGAGAUUUCAAUUUGUGCUGGUUUUAGUUUUCGUACUGAGGUUUUAGGAAUCGAUGUUUCAGUGAAAUGGGAUUUGGGGCUGCCAUCCAUGAUGGCUUGGCUUAACACGGGCGGCCGUGGGGGGUGCCGCCGGCGGCGGCGGCGGCGGCUCAAGGGAAUAAAAAAAAUGAGAGAGAGAGAGAGAGAGAGAGAGAUGCUUUAUACUGUUUGGUUUGGCAGAUCCAUGGUCGUACUGCAGUAGCAUUGAACUCUGUUAUAUCUGGAUCUGUUUCGCUUUAUGUGAUGAACUGGAGCCACUUUCUUUGAACAGGACACUUUGUCAUUUGUAUUGACUAUUAUAAAUUACCUGCAGUGAUAAUUUUUAACUUGCUAGUGCUAAUGCCAUUUUUUAGUCCUCCCUUUUGAUUCAUCAUCUUGUUCUUACAGAUUACUAAAGGAUCUUAUUAUGCCAUAUGGGUAUAUCUAGCUCCUGUCCAUUUGCAGAGUAUAUAGAUUUGGGAAACAAUUUAGAAUCCAUUUUGAUAAAAUCCAUAAGUUUUGGAGAUGAAGAAAAAACUUCAAUGCGGUCUGUUAGUUUCACAAGCAGAGAUUCAGAACCAAAAGUAAUCGAAGGACGAGAUUUGGAGAACCUGUCCUCAUUGGAGACUCGUUCAUUAGAAACAGGAAAUGACAUGGGUGUGGCAUCGAUCAGCCCAAAGAGUGAAGAGUUUGAUAAUCAAUCUCUAAGUUUAUAUAAUGAUCUGGGAAGAUUUCGAAACCUACCAGUUCUGGAUCCAACCAAUCCCAAGCAUGCUGCUGCUCUAAAAUUGCAGAAAGUGUAUAAAAGCUUCCGCACCAGAAGAAAGCUAGCGGAUUGUGCAGUUCUUGUUGAACAAAGCUGGUGGAAACUAUUAGACUAUGCUGAACUCAAGCGAAGUUCUAUAUCAUUCUUCGACAUGGACAAACGUGAAUCUGCUAUUUCGCGCUGGUCGAGAGCAAGAACUAGAGCGGCUAAGGUUGGAAAAGGCUUAUCCAAGAAUUCUAAAGCUCGAAAGCUUUCUUUGCAACAUUGGCUCGAGGCUAUUGAUCCACGGCACCGAUAUGGCCACAACUUACAUUUUUAUUACAUGAAAUGGCUUCAAAGUCAGAGUAGAGAACCCUUCUUCUACUGGUUGGAUAUAGGAGAAGGGAAGGAAGUAAAUCUGGUGGAAAAAUGCCCGCGAUCGAAACUCCAACAACAGUGCAUCAAGUAUUUGGGUCCUAUGGAAAGGCUUGCAUAUGAAGUUAUUGUGGAAGAUGGGAAACUUGUGUACAAACAAUCAGGGAAACUCGUCCACACAACUGAAGAAACUAGAAAUACAAAAUGGAUUUUCGUCCUAAGCACGUCGAAGACCAUGUAUGUUGGAAAGAAGAAGAAAGGUACGUUCCAGCACUCGAGCUUCUUAGCUGGAGGAGCUACAACUGCUGCUGGGAGAUUGGUCGUCGACAAUGGUGUUCUGAAGGCUGUUUGGCCUCAUAGCGGACACUAUCGACCAACUGAAGAAAACUUUAAGGACUUCAUAUCAUUCCUUAGAGAGAACAAUGUGGAUCUUACUGAUGUGAAGACAAGUCCUAGUGAUGAGGAGGAUGAUUAUCUGGACAACCAAAAGAGUGGCCGUCACAUUAGGAACAACUCAUCAGAGGAGGACUUCAUCGAAAAGCUGAACGGCUUUGAGAGUGAAGAGAACAAUGCUGAAGAAUCAACUGAAAGAAAACCACAUUCAUUGGAUGAGCAAAGACAGUCUUCCAUUGCAUUAUCCGAUUUAAAGUGUUCGUGCAACAUUGGUAAAAAAUUGACCAAUCUUGAGAUACCAAACAGGGCUGAAGUGAUCGAGAUGUUUGAGAGAGAAGAACAAGAUGUGGGAACCAAUGGCAAUAAUGGUUUUCUAUUGGAAUCCCCUGUUGGUAGUUACAAAUAUACAGAGAAUUCAUUCUCUCGAAAGCCAAACGUUUAUGAUGAAGAUCAAGGGAAUACUGAAGUGAAGAUCAUUCCUAAGGAGUCAAUCCUUAGAAGGUUAAAUUCACAUAAGGAACCCAAAUCAUACCAACUAGGGAAGCAGUUGUCCUGCAGAUGGACAACCGGAGCAGGUCCCCGCAUAGGCUGUGUGCGAGACUAUCCAUCGGAACUUCAGCUACGAGCGUUGGAGCAAGUAAGCUUAUCACCAAGAAGCUCAGCUCAUUCAUGGCUGCCCAGCUAUCCUUAUGCUGCCACCUGUGAGCUGAGCCCCGCAACGGCAACACCACCAGCUUUCAUGGCCAGAUAACGGGAAACAUAAGAAGGUGACUGACCAUUCCUAGACAUGAUCCUCUUGUUUUUUUCAGAGGAACAUCAGUGAAUGGAGCAGAUAUAGAAUGGCAAUAGAUUCCUUAUAUGUUCAUUCUUUUGUGUAUAUACAAAAAGAGGAUUUAGGAAUUCUUGGUGAUUCUUUCUUACUAACCCAUUUAUUCCUUUUUUUUUUUUUGUGUGUAACAAAGGGAAACACCACACAUAUUUCCCUCUUCAUUUUAUUCUUAUAAAGAAAAAAGCAUAAGUUCUAGAGCGUUGAGUUCAUGGCUGUUCUGGUAUUGUU